AUGCAGAAGGAAAGAGCUCUAAGCCGUUUAGAUGCCUUCUUUUCAAUUCAACUGGGUCAUUUACUGGAGCAGCUGCAUAAUGAAACUGAAGAAUCGAAAGCGAUCGCAAAGUUUUCAGAGCAGAUACUUCACAUUGCCAUUUCUUUGGACAAAAUUGCUGUUAGCUUAGCAGAGAGCAAUAGGAAUUCUCCCUCUGCUAAUGAUGAACUAAGCCAUGUGGACGAAAACUUCAGUGAUCCUGAAGAAGAUGGAGCCGAAGAACAGUUCAUGAGCGGGCAUGUAUUCAAAUCAGGUGAGAUUUUUAGUUACAUUUCACCUAAACCAAACAGGCUGGUUGGGAAUAAAAACUUCCUAGGGGUGGAGGCACUUACUCUAUCAGUUGGAUUCGCUUGUGCGAAAAUGGCUUCCAACUUGGACCGGUUUAUGAGUUACAAGGUUCACAGUACAUGUCCAGAUGAUUGGCAAAUAGCUCAGAAGCUUAUAGUUCACGGCUGUGAUCCAUUGCCAAGAAGAGAUGCUUCACAAAAUCACCUCCACACUACACUAAGCCGGUUCCUGCAAACUCCGCUCUCUGGACUCAACCUACGGGGGUGGGAUGUUCCAACGAAUGAGGCUGUAUCAGCAGAGUUCACCAUUGAUGAAGUCCUCAGCUUAAAGCCGGGGGAGAUAAGAAUCGGCCUAGACUUUAGCCCUACAACCGGUACUUUUGCUGCUGUGAUGAGGGAGAAAAAUGUCACCAUUGCAUCAAGUACCCUAAACUUAGGUGCUCCUUUCAAUGAGGUCAUAGCCUUACGAGGCCUCCUUCCUCUUUACACUUCAAUUGGCUCAAGAUUGCCUUUCUUUGACAAUACACUCGACAUUAUACAUUCCACUUUGUUCUUGGAUGGCUGGAUAGGAAUUGAGCUUCAUCAGUUUGUUCAGUUUGAUUGGGAUCACGUCCUUCGGCCAAAAUGUCUUCUCUGGAUAGACAGGUUCUUCUGUCAUAAAGAGGAUAUGAAACUGUAUUUGGAGGAGUUUAAUAGGCUAAGGUACAAGCCGCUACUAUGGAGGGUAGUCCCCAAGAAUGAUAAGCUUGGAGAUGAGCUCUUCUUCUCAGCUGUAAUGGAGAAGCCUGUUAGAAGUUAA